AUGGUGACGGGAAUUAUCUCCGUGGUUGGUAUUGUGUCCCCUGGUUUCUUCUUCUCUAUCGAUGAUGUGGGGCGAAUCCCGGAGCGGCGGCAGCGCCUGAAGAACGUUUCCGAUGUUGUCAAGGACACAUUGGGCAUCAGGUCCAUCGAGGGUUACUCGCUCAUGCUUGCCGAGGAAACCGAGCUGAGCUACACUUCUGAAUAUCCGGUCCGGGUUCCUAGCAUCGGUUUGUGCAGAGAGACGUUGAAGCUGGGUGGCAAGUUCUGGGAUCAAGGAUGGAGGAAGGACACAUUGCUGGAAGUAACCCUGAUUAGCGACAGCUCCGGACCCCAGCACAGUGGUUCCAAAGUUUUGCCGGAUCAUGUGAGAUAG